CAGUCGAGCUCGGACCUUCGUCGGGUGUGGAGUGCGCGUUGUAUCGUCGUGUGUCAGUGUUCGAAUUAUUCACAGAAAAUCAAGGCCUCGUAGCAUGUCUUGACGAGUAGGAGGUGCUCUUCAACGGGGUUUUCGGCAGACAAGGGUUCUCCAAAAUGGCGGGCGGUCCGCAGCUUCCGGAACAGUACAUGGUACCUCAGCUCGCUAGGUUCUUUCACAGCCUGCCGCACCUCAACGUCUCGCUUCAUUCGGUUAACAACACCUUUAAUCCACAUUCCGAAAUCUAUCUAGAGAGCCUCGGGAUACUCGGAAGUAUCCCAGCAGCCUGGUUAAUCCUGACGUUGCUGGUGUUGCUGGUAUACCUGGUAACGAGAUGCUGUGACCGGAAGCCGCGCCCCAGGAGGUCGAUAACCCUGCUGAAGUGUUCACUGGCCAUCCUGGCGUUGCUUUGCAGCGGAGCUGUAGCCGUCGGCCUCUACGGUAACGACGAUGUACACAACGGUUUGGUGCAAUUGGUGGCUGCCGCGAAGAGCGUCGAUGGUAUUCUCAUGGGUGUACGGAAUCAGACCGAUACCAUCGAGUAUACGCUGAGGAAGAAAAUAUUAGACCAAUUAAUCGACUUGAGGGACAAAUUCGAUGACCCGGCCAGCAACAAGACGAUACUCGAAGUACUGUUGGCCGCUCUGGAAAGCAUGAAACAAAACACGAGCAACGCCCUGAACCGAAGCUCUGAAAUCAAGAAACCCUUGACGGGAAUCAACCUCGCUGGAGCGAUCGGAAUCGCGGAGAAGAUAGAGCAAUUAAGGUGGCCGAUCACCAUGGCAGUCUUGAGCGCUCUUCUAGUUCUUUGCGUGGUGCUAGUUGUCGGUGUCGCGCGACAUUCCAGAUGCGUUCUUAUAACAUUCUCCGUGUUCGGCUUGUUCGCGGUGAUCGUCUCUUGGUUGAUGGCUUCGUUGUACCUUGCGACCUCAGUGGCCUUAGGUGAUCUCUGCGUGUCUCCGGACGGUUACCUGACCAGAGCAGUGCCGUCUACGUUAGCCUCGGAGGUUCUUUCGUAUUACACGCAUUGCGAGAACACGCGUAACAAUCCGUUUACGCAGAGACUAAGAGACGGUCAGGCAGCGAUCACCGAUGCGAGCAAGAACCUGAAUACCGUGACAAAGUUGGCGCUGGAGUUGUUCCCGGACCUACAGUUGCAACCUAAGUUGAACAGCCUUGCAUACGACGUUAACACCGUGAACAAACUUCUGUCAGGGUUAGCCACGUUCCUCGAUUGCAAACCCCUUUACAAGCAAUACGUUCAUGCUGCCAAGAGCUUAUGUCAGUUAGGAUUGUACGGAUUGACCUUCAUGUUAUUGGCGAGCUUAGCCGCGGGUCUCUUCUUCACAGUGUUAGUUUGGGUGGACUCGCACACUUGGAUCUACAUUCGAAAACGGCAGAGAACCACCUUGGACCCCAAGCGUGGCCUCGUUCACCGGUACCCUGUCUCACAAUUCUCAUGGGCCUGCUCACUUGGCCACGUUUCAAGAUUCCCGCAAGACGCAGACUCUGGACCCUAAGAACUUGGCAAAUCUGAAGAGAGGUCCGACCCCGGCUUGGAACCAAAAUCGACCAUUGCCACCGAAUCCCAGCAGCCAGCCUACUUGGGAGUUCGAGUCGCGUUCGCAGACCAAUAUGAACCAAUUCCGUUCUUUGGUGAGAAACAAGGCACCCAACAUUCGCAUACAGGACCAGAUGCAGGACCAGGUGCGCACGUUGGAUAGGAAUUUUACUAGGAAUCAAUUCAACGGCACAGCGCAGAACAACGCCGUGCCAAACAUGUACGGCACAUACAAUCGAGCGCAAUCGAGACAAGAAAGCAAGUCGACGGUGGCGACGCUGAGUCAAGUACAGGGUAGCGAUCCAAAUUUGUACGCCGUAACGGAAUUAUAAUUGCGAACCUCGAGCUCCUGUAUUAUCAUCGAUCAACGUCUAAAACACUUUAUAACGAACCUUUAUCAAACGUUUUCGAGAAAUGUAACCUUUUCACGAUUAUAAACCCUUGCCGUGGACCACAAGGACCCGUGUACUUGUCCUGAACCAGUGUUCACUACAUAAACACAUCUGUCGCGAUUCUUUACUCUGUCAUUCAAUUUUUAAGGGACGAGGUUUUUAAAAACACCUCGUUCCAGGGGAACAGAAAUCCUGUAAAUCUUCCGAUUCGUAUGGCGCAUUUAAUGAUACGGUCACUGGUGACCGACGAAACGAAUUGUAUUUAGUAAAUGAUUAGGGAACAAGAAAGGAAAUUCGAGGACUCGUAUACGUGUCGUGAAGGAACUGUACGCUGUGGAUUGUGCACUUAUGCAGUUUGCUGGAAAAGGGAAAAUUUCGUUUAACAUGUUGACAUAUUUAACAUGCUUCAUGGCACUAGGAACUUAAUAAUAAAAUACUUUCUAGAUACUAGUAAUUUUGAAUAAUAUUUGAUACUUCUUAGUCCAUUUAUAAUGCAAAUGAUUCAAGUACUUACUACUGCCUGUACUUUGGAUACUAUUUCUUUGUAAUAAUCAUCAUGUAACACCAGAUAGCAAACUGAUUUGUUAGAUUAAAAUAUUGGUACUUACUAUUGGUACUUACUAUCAUGUUCUAAACAUGCCAGUCAAUAUGUUAACACAGAAUCAUUCACUACUGUAUUUAAACGCAACAAGUAUCGAAUAACGUGAAAGAGAAAUGCAAGAGAAGAAUAGACUUGACAAAAUUAUAAAUAAUUUGUCCCUUUCUAGUAGUAAGAACCUCUUUGAAUCCAGCAUUGAAUUUUCGUCUUAAACGAAUUAUAUAUAUAAUCCACAGCGUCACAAAUUCACAGAAAGUAUUUAAAAAACAGAAAAAGUGAAGAAUCGCAUAAACGCGCAAAUAUCAUCACUCUCAAGGAUUCCUUUUUGGAACUGUUCAAUGUUUUUAACAAUUUGAUAACAUCGUGCGUAUUUUAAUAUGCAUUCUUCUUUUAUACGAUACACUGGAGAUGGCUCAAUCGUUUGGUAACUUUUGAUAAGAGCUUCGAUUACGAGGUAACAUUUACAUGUUUGAAUAUAAUAAGCUCACGAAAGUCGCGUAGUUUUAUGAGCAUGCUCGGAAGAUCACUAUCUUCUGAUCGUAACGCACGCAAUCUUUUGAACACCUUUAACGGAAGAACAAUAAAGAAAGUGAAAGAACGUGUACCACCGCACUUCUCAUGACUGCACGUUUUUCAUCGCUUUCCUAAACAAAUGGAUGAACCAAUUGUUAUCGCAAUAUCUUGAAGCGUAAAGGAACUUGAACGUAAACGGUCGAGAAGGUCAACGAGUAAUGUGAGUAGUAAGAAGUGGGGGCAGAUAAUCUUGGAAUCGAAGAGUUUGCAAGAAGGAUGAUAAAAAGCUCGUGACGAAGGAGGUUGAAGAGGAUUCAUUUACAUCGAUAGUCGAAGUGUAAUUUAGAAUUAACGCUAUUGUAAUGGAAAUGUUUUGUGGGGAAUUUUAAGAGUUAAUUGACCCAUCAUUCUCGUCAUUUCGUUGUUCGAACAAACACUCGGAGCGAAGAGAUCUUGUAUAUCCGAUGUUUUUGUACUUGUAUAUCGUGUACAGUGAUUAUCAUUCUGCGUUAGCCUAUUCUGUAAAUGAUCGUUGCUUCUCGAGCAAAUGGAACGAAUGCAUUAACGCGAGAGCGAGAAAUUUAGGGAAAGAUCGUCGUAUUUAUUGUUAGUCACUCGCAAACUGUGGAUAUUUAUGCAAAUACAGUUUUAUAUCAUUUGUAAUAUUAAUGCUUUGAUGGCAACACAGUCUCAACUUAGGUCUCCCUUAAAUAAAGGGAAUUGUAGGGAAAAUACUUGCCUUAUUUGUCCAUAUCCUUUCUCUGCGAACAUAAGAGGUUCUACAGUAGAAUCUCCCUAGGUUUUAACUAGACUUCUAGAACCUAAGCUCCUAGAUUCUAAGUUCCUCUUCGAGUUUUCAAGGAUUAAAUUAAAGUUACAAUAGCCGACAAAGCGUUAAAAUUACAAUGUCCAUUAUAUUCUUUUUGUUUCUUAAACUUCUUUAUUUCUAACAUACACUACGAUUUUAUUUUGUUAAAAUUAUACAAUCUUUCUGUUAAUAUUUCAGUGUUAUAAGCGCAUAAAUAUCGACAGUCUAGUUAUUCGUUUUCAAAGGCAACAUACGAGGAAGCACAAGAAAUAUAGCACGCAACAACAAAUUAGCAUAUAAGUAAACUUCGAGGGCGUCCCUCAAGGAUAGUUAUUAACACUCAAGGUUUUACGUUUAAUCGUCUACAGAUUCGCCGAAUCAAUUUAGUCCAGUUAACAUUCAUUGUCCGUGGCCUACUAUUUUCUUCUGAUCUGAUCAAUCCGGAUCUUGUUUCUCGUACAAAUGAUGUUUCGCGAAUCGACGAUGCAGCAGCACCGAUCUGUAGAUGAUUCAAUCUUCGAAACGACAUUUUUACGCGAAUCGUUGAAUUUUUAUAUACUUUUUUAUAUACGUUUUAUCGAGCUAACGCUCGAAGCGAUUUUCCAUUCAUUUUUUCCGAGCAACGUUUUCGAGUAUAGAAAUAUACACUUGAUAUUAAGAAGUUACCGUACGAAAUACAGAGGUUCAGCGACGUAUAAAAGGUGGAUCAGUAAAUGUUAAGAGCUGUUACUGAUCUUCCUUUUGUAUUUACGUGUAUAUAUAUACAUAUAUAUUUAUCAACGUUAAUAUUUAAAAUUCGUAGCGAGACGUCGAUUGUCUGAGGAUUUCUACGAAAUAAAAGCAACAAUAAUCGAUUACGGACUAAGAAAGACAAGUAAUUC